ACCAGGAUGGGUGCGAGGCUAACAGCCCAUCUAACAGGUUGUUGUCCAAGACGAAUCGAAGUUUUCUAUUCGUUAGCUUGAGCUUGGUGAUUAUGAGAAGAACACCCGUCCGAGGACCAAAUUCUGCCCAGUUUUGGGAAUCUUGUCUGUCCUCCCCUAAAGGGGCUUGAGUUAGCCAUGCCUCUACAUUCAUAAAACUCCCCGAGCAGUCCUGCUCUUCAUCACGGCUCGGAAGGAAGCGGUCGGAGGCCGGCUCGGCGGCGCCUAGUUCUACAACGCCUAGCGACCAGAAACCGGGAGAGGAGAAGGGCGCACCAUAUUGAGACCCACGCUACAAGACCCUUCUCGCAACCAAGGGUAGUUUCAUGGACAAGUCCGACCUGGGCGUCACGAAUACGAGCAAAAAACUUUGCCAUACUCUCCUGGGAAAGAAGCAGACUAUUCCUCGGGAUUCCCUUUUCCGCGACGAUAUCUUCGAGUCGACCUGCCGAGUGAUGGAAGACAAGAAUGAGGCCAUAGUCAUCCGGGAUAUUAUCCGGGAUAUUACACCGCUGAUCCCCGACUACUCGGUGGGAUUCAGGCGUGAGGCCUUUACAGAGGAUCGACUUAGCAAGCUCUCGCCAUUUAUUGGCGACUGGAUUUCCGGCGACUGGAUUUCCGGCGACCUAUCCUUCCUCAUGGCCACGUACCUCAUGUACUUCCCCUUCCUCACUUGCGAGGUGAAAUACGGCGCCGCAGCGCUGGACACCGCCGACCGCCAGAACGCCCACAGCAUGACGAUUGCGGCCAGGGCCGUCAUUGAGCUCUUUGAAGAUGUCGACGGGACCGUUGCGUCUACUGUUGAGGACAAGGCUAGAGAAGAUGGCAAGCCAUCAACGCUGCCCGUCUCGGAGGUCUCUACCGGCUAUAUUCGCCGCCUUGUGACCGCCGCCGCCUCCGAGCAUCUCGGCAAUAAGGUCAUCUCUGCCGUCGUCACCGUCCCGACCAACUUCACAGACAAGCAAAAGGCCGCCUUGGUUGCUGCUGCCAACGCCGCAGAUCUCGAGGUUCUGCAGCUCAUUAGCGAGCCCGUCGCUGCGGUACUGGCUCAUGAUGCGCGCCCCGAGGCCGAGAUCAAGGACAAGAUCGUGGUGGCUGCGGAGCUGGGCGGCACCCGGUCCGACGUUGCCGUCGUCGCCAGCCGCGGUGGCCUGGGGCUGAGGGGGUUGACGACUUGA